AUGCUGUGGGUCGACAAGUACCGCCCGAGGACUCUUGAUGACGUAGAUUUGUAUCCGGAGCUUACCGAAGUACUUAAGCGUUUGGCCGAGUCGCAAGACCUCCCACACCUGUUAUUGUACGGACCCUCUGGAACCGGCAAGAAGACGCGCGCCAUGGCAGUGUUGCAGCAGGUGUACGGUCCAUCCGUUUACUCGCUACGUCUGGAACACAAGUCUGUGCAAGUGACAGAUAGCAAAGUCGUUGAUAUAGCGACACUGAGUUCCCCACACCACAUUGACAUCAACCCUUCCGAUGCAGGGAAUCACGAUCGCGUAGUCGUGAUGCAAAUGAUACGCGAGAUUGCGCAGACCGUUCCCCUGCAGUCUGGCACACCAGGCGCUGCGAAGUACAAAGUUGUGGUGCUCAACGAGGUGGAUAAAAUGGGACGGGCAGCCCAGCAUGCCCUCCGGCGGACAAUGGAAAAGUACAUGGCGACGUGCAGAUUGGUGCUGAUCUGCAACUCAACCUCACGUCUUAUCGCACCCCUUCGCUCUCGUUGCCUUGCUGUCCGUGUUCCUUCCCAUUCACAGGAAAACAUAACCAAAGUCAUUCGAACUGUGUGUGAAAAGGAGGGCCGGAUGCCCCCAUCACCCGCAUUUUUGGCUGCCCUUAGCAACCAGUCCGAAGGAAACUUACGACGUGCGCAACUGAUGCUGGAGGCAGCAGCCAUGACAAAAGUUGAUUUUUCAGGCAGUGGAGCCAACAUUCCGCAGGCUGAUUGGCAGGUCUUUCUUGAGGAAAUUGCCAACGACAUUCUCACGGAACAGACACCAAAGAAGCUGUUUGAAAUUCGUGGAAAGUUUUACGAUCUGCUCGGGCAGUGCAUCUCAGGUGAGGUAAUUAUGCGAGGCGUCUUGGAAGCCUUGCUUAAUUCUGUUAAGCCGGCAAUGCGACCGGCUGUUGUUUCUCUUGCGGCGAAGUACGAUCACAACAUGAAGCUUGGCACCAAACCCAUUCUCCAUCUGGAGGCAUUCGCAUCAGGAGUGAUGCAACUUCUCAAGCGAAACUGA